AUGGCGACAUGUGUGUCGAGGUGGGAACCGAACUGGAUUUUGUUGCCGGCUUUGGAAAGAACGUCUGUCGCUCCAGAGCUUUCUACUCCGUUUCAGAUUGGAAUUAAAUCCGUGGAAAGUGUAAAUUUGCCUGAUAAUGCCCAAGGUUACCAAAUCUCUGUCAGCCUUUAUGAUGCCGUCUAUCGCUGCUUUUUUGGUCGUCUGUGGCAAGGACCUGUGGCAACAUGCCCACAGGGAAAAGCAACCAGUGCAAAUAUCUCUUACCCACAGACACUUUACAUGCACACAAGUAUAAAGAGUAAUAAUGUAUUUGCUGUUGUUGAGCUUCUGGUGCACACAAAAGAUACCACAGGACAGAACAAAUGCCGAUCCUUUGGGUGGGGGAUAAUGAGACUCUUCAAACAGGACUCAACUCUACCUGAUUCUUCUCGAAGCAGUCAGUUACCUCUCAAGAAAUUGCAAUUCUAUAAAGGCACUCCCCGUGCUCUUUAUCUGAUGGAUGAACCAGUAGAAAAUUGUGAGCAUUUGAGGAUGAUUCCUGGCUGUGUGCUAUCAUUUACUCUCUGUACUCAUCAUGCCUUGUUCAAAGUCAUACAUUUAUUACCAGAAAAUGUUUUCUUCAGUCGUUCAGAUGAAGUUCCUGGACUCUUAUCUAGUGUCAAAUGGAAAUUUCUUCUUUUUUUCUUACUUCAUACUUCUUUUAUUCUUCUUUCUUCAUUCUUCUUCUUUCUACAUUCUUCUUCUUUCUACAUUCUUCUUCAUUCUUCUUCUUUCUACAUUCUUCUUUAUUCUUCUUCUUUCUACAUUCUUCUUUAUUAUUCUUCUUUCUACAUUCUUCUUUAUUGUUCUUCUUUCUACAUUCUUCUUUAUUGUUCUUCUUUCUACAUUCUUCUUUAUUGUUCUUCUUUCUACAUUCUUCUUUAUUGUUCUUCUUUCUACAUUCUUCUUUAUUGUUCUUCUUUCUACAUUCUUCUUUAUUGUUCUUCUUUCUACAUAUUUCUUUAUUCUUCUUCUUUCUACAUAUUUCUUUAUUCUUCUUCUUUCUACAUAUUUCUUUAUUCUUCUUCUUUCUACAUAUUUCUUCAUUCUUCUUCUUUCUACUUUCUUCUUUCUUCUUCUUUCUAUCACUUUCUUCUUCUUUAUUCUUUACUUUCUUUCUUUCUUCUUCUUCUUUCUACAUUCUUCUUUCUUUUCUACUUUCUUCAUUUUCUUCUUUAUUCUUCAUUUUUCUACUUUCUUCUUUCUUCUACUUUCUUCUUCUUUCUACAUUCUUCUUCAUUCUUCUUCUUUCUACUUAUUUCUUCAUUGUACUUCUUUCUACAUUCUUCUUCAUUCUUCUUCUUUUUACUUCUUUCUUCAUUCUUCUUCUUUCUACAUAUUUCUUUAUUCUUCUUUCUUCUUCUUUCUUACAUUCUUCUUUCUACAUAUUUCUUCAUUCUUAUUCUUUCUACUUCUUUCUUCAUUCUUCUUCUUUCUACUUCUAAUAAGAAGAAAACUUUCAUCUUUUUUCAAAAUAUUCUUCUUUAUUUUUUGCUUUUUCAUUCUUUUCUAGAUUCUUUCUACUUUUUUAUUCUUCUUCUUGGAACAUUCUUCUUUUUUUUUCUUUCUUCAUUCUUCUUCAUUCUUCUUCUUUCUACAUUCUUCUUCAUUCUUCUUCUUUCUACAUUCUUCUUCAUUCUUCUUCUUUCUACAUUCUUCUUCAUUCUUCUUCUUUCUACAUUCUUCUUUAUUCUUCUUCUUUCUACAUUCUUCUUUAUUCUUCUUCUUUCUACAUUCUUCUUUAUUCUUCUUCUUUCUACAUUCUUCUUUAUUCUUCUUCUUUCUACAUAUUUCUUCAUUCUUCUUCUUUCUACAUUCUUCUUUUCUUCUUCAUUCUUCUACUUUUUCUUCUUUCUUCUUUAUUCUUCUUCUUUCUACAUUCUUCUUUCUUUCUUCUUCUUUCAUUUCUUCUUCUUUAUUCUUCUUCUUUCUACAUUCUUCUUCAUUCUUCUUCUUUCUACUUAUUACUUCAUUCUUCUUCAUUCUUCUUCUUUCUACAUUCUUCUUUAUUCUUCUUUCUACAUUCUUCUUUAUUGUUCUUCUUUCUACAUUCUUCUUUAUUGUUCUUCUUUCUACAUAUUUCUUUAUUCUUCUUCUUUCUACAUAUUUCUUUAUUCUUCUUCUUUCUACAUAUUUCUUCAUUCUUCUUCUUUCUACUUACUACUUCAUUCUUCUUCAUUCUUCUACUUUCUUCUUUCUUCUACUUUCUACUUCUUUCUACAUUCUUCUUUCUUUCUACUUUCAUCAUUCUUCUUCUUUAUUCUUUCUACUUUCUACAUUCUUCUUCUUUCUACAUUCUUCUUCUUUCUACAUUCUUCUUCAUUCUUCUUCUUUCUACAUUCUUCUUUAUUCUUCUUUCUACAUUCUUCUUUAUUGUUCUUCUUUCUACAUUCUUCUUUAUUGUUCUUAUUUUUUACAUUCUUCUUUAUUGUUCUUCUUUCAACAUUUCUUUUUAUUGUUCUUCUUUCUUCUUUUUUCUUUUUUCAUUCUUCUUUUACAUUCUUCUUUCUUUGUUCUUCUUUCUACAUUCUUCUUCUUUGUUUCUUCUUUCUUCAUAUUUCUUUAUUCUUCUUCUUUCUACAUUUUCUUUCUUUAUUCUUUCUUUUCAUAUUUCUUUCUUCUUCUUCUUUCUACAUUCUUCUUCAUUCUUCUUCAUUUUCUACUUUCUUCUUUCUUCUCUUUCUUCUUCUUUCUACAUUCUUCUUUUCUUUUACUUUCAUCAUUCUUCUUCUUUAUUCUUUCUAUUUUCUUCAUUCUUCUUCUUUCUACAUUCUUCUUCUUUCUACAUUCUUCUUCAUUCUUCUUCUUUCUUCAUUCUUCUUUUUAUUCUUCUUUCUACAUUCUUUUCUUAUUUCUUCUUUCUACAUUCUUCUUUUUCUUCUUCUUUCUGCUUAUUUCUUUAUUCUUCUUCUUUCUACAUUUUUCUUCAUUCUUCUUCUUUCUUCAUAUUUCUUCAUUCUUCUUCUUUCUACUUUUUUCUUCAUUCUUCUAUUUUUUCUUCUUUCUUCUUCUUUCUUUCAUUUUCUUCAUUCUUUUUUUUUCUUUUUUCAUUCUUCUUCUUUAUUCUUUUUUUUCUUCAUUCUUCUUCUUUCUUCAUUCUUCUUUCAUUCUUUUUUACAUUCUUCUUCAUUCUUCUUACUUUCUUCAUUCUUCUACUUUCUUCAUUUUCUCUUUCUUCUUUUCUUUCUUUCUUUUCUUUCUACAUUCUUCUUCAUUCUUCUUCUUUCUUUAUUUCUUUCUACUUCUUUUCAUUCUUCUUCUUUCUUCAUUUUUCUUCAUUCUUAUUCUUUCUUUUCUUUCUUCAUUCUUCUUCUUUCUACUUAUUUCUUCAUUCUACUUCUUUUCAUUCUUCUUCUUUCUUAUUCUUUUUACUUCUUUCUUCAUUCUUCUUCUUUUUCUUUAAUAAGAAGAAAAUCUUUUUCUUUAAAAUUAUUCUUAUAUUUUCAUCUUUCUAAUUUGCUUCUUCUUCUAUUUUUUAUUCUUCUUUCUAAAUUUCUUCUUUUUUCUUCUUCUUUCUUCUUUUCUUCUUUUCUACAUUUCUUUUUCUUUCUUCUUUCUUCUUCUUUCUACAUUCUUCUUCUUUCUACAUUCUUUUUUCUUUCUUCAUUCUUCUUAUUCUUUCUUCUUCAUUCUUCUUUCUUCUUCUUCAUUCUUCUUCUUUUCUUUCUUCUUUAUUCUUCUUUCUUUCAUUCUUCUUCUUUGUUCUUCUUUCUACAUUCUUCUUCAUUCUGCUUCUUUCUACAUUCUUCUUCAUUCUGCUUCUUUCUACAUAUUUCUUCAUUCUUCUUCAUUCUUCUACUUUCUUCUUCAUUCUUCUUUCAUUUUUCUUCUUUCUUCAUUCUUUCUUUUUCAUUAUUUCUUCUUUUUUCAUUUUUCUUCUUUCGUCAUUUCUUCUUUCUACUUAUUUCUUUAUUCUUCUUCAUUCUACAUUCUUCUUCAUUCUACUUUUGUCAUUCUUCUUCAUUAUUCUUUGUACUUCUUUCUACAUUCUUCUACUUUCGUCAUUCUUCUUCUUUCUACAUACUUCUUCAUUUUUCUACUUUCUUCAUUCUUCUUCUUUCUACUUAUUUCUUCAUUGUAUUUCUUUCUACAUUCUUCUUUCUACUUUCUACAUUCUUCUUCAUUCUUCUUUCUACUUUUUACAUUCUUCUUCAUUCUCCAUUCUUCUUCUUUCUUCAUUCUUAUUUCUUAUUCUUUCUACUUUCUUUCUUCAUUCUUCUUCUUCAUUCUUCUUCUUCUUCUUCAUUCUUAUUCUUUCUACUUCUUUCUUCAUUCUUCUUUUUUCUACUUCUUUCUACAUUCUUCUUCUUUCUUCAUCUUCAUUCUUCUUCUUUCUACUUCUUUCUACAUUCUUCUUCUUUCUUUAUUCAUCUUUUUCUUCAUUCAUCUUAUUUCUUCAUCUUUCUACAUUCUUCUUCUAUCUUCAUUCUUCUUUCUACAUUCUUCUUCAUUCUUCUUUUUUCUAUUCUUUAUAUCAUGUCUUUUUUUCAUUCUUUUUCAUUCUUCUUUCUACAUUCUUCUUCUUUCUUCAUUCUUCAUUAUUCUUUCUUCUUCAUUCUUCUUUCUUCAUUCUUAUUCUUUCUACUUCUUUCUUCAUUCUUCUACUUUCGUCAUUCUUCUUCUUCUACAUUCUUCUUCAUUCUUCUUCUCUGUACAUACUUCUACAUUUUCUUCUUUCUACAUUCUUCUACAUUCUUCUUCUUUCUACAUUCUUCUUCAUUUUUCUUCUUUCUUCAUUCUUCUACGUUCUUCUUUCUUCUUCUUUCUUCAUUCUUCUUCUUUCUACAUUCUUCUUCUUUCUUAUUUUUUCUUCUUUUCUUUACAUUCUUAUUCUUUCUACUUCUUUCUUCAUUCUUUUUUCUUUCUAUUUUUUCUUCAUUCUUAUUUUUUUUUACUUCUUUCAUUCAUUUUCUUUUUUCUUCAUUCUUCUUUUUUUCAUUCUUCUUCUUCUUCUUUUCUACAUUUUCUUUCUUCAUUCUUCUUCUCUUACAUUCUUCAUACAUUCUUCUUUCUCUUCUUUCUUUCAUUCUUCUUCUUUCAAAUUCUUCUUCAUUCUUUUCUUUUUACAUUCUUCUUCUUUCUUCUUUUCUUCUUUCUACAUUUUUCUUCAUUCUUCUUCUUUCUACAUUCUUCUUCAUUCAUUUUCUUCUUCUUUCUUCUUUUUCUUUCAUUCUUCUUCAUUCUUCUUCUUCUUCAUUCAUUCUUCUUUCUUUUUUCUUCUUUCUUCUUUUCUUCUUCAUUCUUUUUUUUUUUAUUUCAUUUUCUUUUUUUCUACAUUCUUCUUCAUUCUUCUUCUUUCUACAUUCUUUCUUCAUUCUUCUACUUUCGUCAUUCUUCAUUAUUAUUUCUACUUCUUUCUACAUUCUUCAUUCUUCUUUCUACAUUCUUAUUCUUUCUACAUUCUUCUUCAUUCUUAUUCAUUCUACUUCUUUCUUCAUUCUUCUUUCUACAUUCUUCUUCAUUCUUUUACUUUCGUCAUUCUUCUUCAUUAUUCUUUCUACUUUUCUUCUUUUCUUCUUUUUCUUCAUUCUUUCUUCAUUCUUCUUCAUUCUUCUUCUCUUUCUACAUUUUUCUUUUUUUCUUCUUUUUUUUUUUCACUUUCUUCUUCAUUCUUCUUUCUUUUCUUUCUUCAUUCUUCUUCUUUCUCUUCUUUUCUUCUUCAUUCUUUCUUUCUUCAUUCAUUCUUUAUUUCUUCUUUCUUCUACAUUCUUCUUCUUUCUUCAUUAUUCUUUCUACUUCAUUCUUCUUCUUCUUUCUACAUUCUUCAUUCUUCUUCUUCUUUCUACAUUCUUCUUCUUCCUUAUUGUUUCUACAUUCUUUUUCAUUCUUAUUCUUUCUACUUCUUUCUUCAUUCUUUUUUCUACAUUCUUCUUCAUUCUUUUACUUUCGUCAUUCUUCUUCAUUAUUCUUUCUACUUUCGUCAUUCUUCUUCUUUCUACAUUCUUCUACAUUCUUCUUCUUUCUACAUUCUUCUACAUUCUUCUUCUUUCUACAUUCUUCUUCAUUCUUCUUCUUUCUUUCUUUCUUCCAUUCUUUUCUUUCUACUUCUUUCUUUCUUCUUCUCUUUUCUUUCUUUCUUUAUUCUUUCUUCUUCUUUCUACAUUCUUCUUCUUUCUAUUUAUUUCUUCUCUCUGCUUAUUUCUUCAUUGUACUUCUUUCUACAUUCUUCUUCUUUCUACAUUCAUUUUUCUUCUUUCUACAUUCUUCUUCAUUCUUCUUCUUUCUUCAUUCUUCUACUUUCGUCAUUCUUCAUUAUUCUUUCUACUUCUUUCGUCAUUCUUCUACUUUCUCUUCUUCUUUCUACAUUCUUCUUCAUUCUUCUUCUUCUUCAUUCUUCUUCAUUCUUCUUUAUUCUUCUUCAUUCUACUUCUUUCUACAUUCUUUCUUCUUUCUUCAUUCUUCUUCAUUCUUCUUCUUUCUACAUUCUUCUUCUUUCUUCUUCUUUCUACUUCUUUCUUCAUUCUUAUUCUUUCUACUUCUUUCUUCAUUCUUCUUUUAUCUUCAUUCUUCUUUUCUACAUUCUUCUUCAUUCUUCUCUCUACAUUCUUCUUCAUUCUUCUUCUCUCUACAUUAUUCUACAUUCUUCUUCUCUCUACAUUCUUCUUCAUUCUUCUUCUCUCUACAUUAUUCUACAUUCUUCUUCUCUCUAAAUUCUUCUACAUUCUCCUUUCUACAUUCUUCUUCUUUCUACAUAUUUCUUCUUUCUACAUUCUUCUUCAUUCUUCUUCUUUCUACAUUCUUCUUCAUUCUUCUUCAUUCUUCUUCUUUUUUCUUCAUUCUUCUUCUUUCUUAUUCUUCUUCAUUCUUCUUCUUUCUACGCUUUUAUCUUCUUUCUUCUUUUGUGAUUCAUUCUUCUUUUAUCUUCAUUUUUCUUCUUUCUACAUUCUUCUUCAUUCUUCUUCUUUCUACUUCUUUCUUCAUUCUUCUACUUUCGUCAUUCUUCAUUAUUAUUUCUACUUCUUUCUACAUUCUUUUUUAUUCUUCUUCUUUCUACUUUUCUUUUUUCAUCUUUUCUUUCUUUCUUCUUCUUCCUUCUUCUUUUUAAGGUUUGAUUCUUUCUUCAUUCUUCAUUUCAGAAUUCUUCUGAAUUUCUUUUACUUUCCUCUUGUAUAUUUCUUCAUUAUUCAGGCAUCUUUUGUAUUUCUUCUUUCUUUAAAUUCUGAACUGUAUUUUUCUUCUUUCUUUGGAUUCUUCUUCUUUCUAGAGGAUAUUUCUUCUUUCAUUCUUCUUUAUUCUUUUUCUUUGUCAUUCUUCAUUCUUCUUCUUCUUUCUCUUCUUUUCUUCCUUUUGUUUGCACAUUUUUUUUUUUUUUUUUUUUUUUCUUCAGGAAUUUUCUUUUUUCUACAUUCUUCUUCAAUUCAGUUCUACUUUCGUCAUUCUUCUUCGUCAUUCUUCUUCUUUCUACAUUGUUAA